UCAGAUCGCACUCGGCUUUCAGGACACCAUGACUGGAGGAGCCUCGGACGAAGGCGCAGAGGAAUUUAUUCACUCGCCAUUCAUUAGGAAACAAGGGAAUAUAUACAAACCCAACAACAAAAGCAUGGAUAACGACAGUCUUAAUGAGAAGACAAUGCAAGAUGUUCACACGAAAGAAAUCGACCUAGUCAACCGGGACCCCAAGCGCUUAAAUGAGGAUGUUGUUAAGGUGGACUUCGAGGACGUGAUCGCGGAGCCGGCCGGCACCUACAGCUUUGACGGCGUGUGGAAGGCCAGCUUCACCACCUUCACCGUGACCAAGUACUGGUGCUACCGGCUGCUGACGGCACUGGUGGGCAUCCCACUGGCGCUGGUCUGGGGAAUCUUCUUCGCCAUCCUCUCCUUCAUACACAUCUGGGCAGUGGUGCCGUGCGUGAAGAGCUACCUGAUCGAGAUCCAGUGUGUCAGCCGGGUCUUCUCCAUCUGCGUGCACACCUUCUGUGACCCCUUCUUUGAGGCCAUGGGCAAGUGCCUCAGCAGCAUCCGAGUGAGCGUGACCAAGGAGGUGUAGAGGGCGGGGUCA